GCUUGGAUAUUAUAUAUGGUUUCUGUGGGGAUUGAAAUCGGAGAGUAUCAAAUCACAGAGAUACGGGCUCAUAGAGGAAGAUCUGGUGAAGGGCUAUAUGGAAAAUUGGGAUCAAUAUAAAAGAAUGAUAGAUGCGUCUCUUUGGAGUAUCAUUGUUUUCUUAUUUUGGCAUAUCAAAGUUUAAAAAGUUGAAUUUUUUUGUGAUCAUGACGCAGAGUCAACUGUUGAGCCACGGUGAGGAGCAGAAGAAUGGCGAGGGCAUAUGCGUAAGAGACUGAAGAUCUCGGUGGCGCAUUUUGACAAUUCCGCAUUGAUCAAGACCUACUCCAAGACGUUGAUAGGGAGAUGUAUGAAUCCAGAGGAGCAGGAAAUGAAGGCGUUGUUCACAAAUCUUCCAAAAGAUUUGGAAACUGGAGGACAGGGUUACGGGUAGUGAAUUGGGUUUUGGAAAAUUCCGUUUUGACUUUAAGACGGAGGAGGAGCUCGAAGCGGUGUUGAACCGGCAGCCCUUUCAUUUCGAUUACUGGAUGCUUUCCUUGGCAAGGUGGCAGCCUAAACAGUCCAAGUCUUUUCCUUCGGAAAUCAAGUUCUGGGUACGAGUCAUUGGACUCCCGCUGGACUUUGGGGAGGGUGGUUGCGGUUGAUGUGACGCUUAACCGGGUCCAAGUAGUGGUUGACGCCUUCAAGGAGCUGUGCUUUGAGACGACGGUGGACUUCAAAGGAGGGGAAUUUUAUGACGGCGAGGAAGCAGCGGUGUCUCUGCGAUAUGAAAAACUUUUUGGAUUUUGCAAGCUUUGCGGGAGUCUUUGUCAUAAAGAGGAACUGUGUCCACUUGAUGAGAAGAAUGCAAAGGCGAGUCCAGAGCGCAGGAGGGAGAUAAGAGAAGGCAUUGGGGGAUGGUAUGAUGGUACGAAGCAUGAGGAGCGAGCUCGUAGUUACAAGGGUGUGGUCAUCAACGGGCAUACGGGUCAACAGCACAAGGAGAGAGAGAGUAGAGAGUACUAUGGGAAGGGCAAGGGAAAAAUGGUUGACGCAGCAGAUUCAAAGUGAGGUGAAGGUGAGGGCUCGAGGUACAAAAACAUGCGGAGAGAUGAUGGAAGACAUGGAGUUACAGGUGGGGGAUUUGGUAUUAGACCCUCUUCAGAACAAUCAAGGGACGAUCAACGUCAGAGGAUUCCAGCUUCUGAAGCACAGGAAGAUGGAGAGAUUAAGAGCAAUGGAGACGAGGGUGCGAUAUUACCGUCUGAGGGCUUUCAACUUGAAUUAGCUAAGACGCAGGCUGGUGAGGCGGAGAAGGGAUUAAUUACACUUCAGGGAAUGAUGGAGAAGCAGGAUUAUAUGGCGGAGGAUAUUGAUAUGGAACUAGAGGCUAUUAACGCUACCAUCUUGGAGAGUGGCGUGGAGGUGGAGGCAGAAGAGGAGUUUCAGACUCUUUCGGAGGAAGAAGCCGAGCAAGCUUCUGAAGUUCAGCAAGAGUAUGUUCAUACUCAGGAGGAAGAAGAGUUAUUGAGCGGAGAUGCUGAUGCUGAUAAAGAUAUGGCGGCAGGGGUGGUGGCGACGAGGCAGAGUAACCGUAAGAGGUUGGCUAAGCCUUCUAUAAGCACUGCGGGAAGUAACAAGAUGAGGAUGACAAGUGUGCUACUCUCCCCACGCAAGAGAGCAGCUGUCAAGGUAGGAACUCGUCAUGGUGAUAGUGGCAAACCAACGGAGAGCAAGGGUCCUUCAAACCCAAAACCGGUGAAUCUUAAAUUCUAAGGAUUAUGAAUCAGGAUUUACUUACAGAGUGGCUACGUGAGAUGGAAUUGGUUUAUGGGGGUUGUCUUUUAUUUAUUUUAAUACAUUGCUUUGCUAUUGGAGACUUAGUUGGUUUUAAGAGGGUGGGGGAAGUUGGAGUUGUUAUGUUUCUUUUGAUUCUUAAUAAGACUUGGAAUAAUAAUGGUUUCUUGAGUU